GAGCCGAGAAGAUGCCAGCUGGAGGGUCCCGGACACCGAGUGCCAAUAACUCUCAUCACACAUCCUUCUCUGUGCUGCCAUGGCAAAACUAGACUCAAGGCCUGUCCUGUGUGACACGACCUACCAGAGCCAAGAGUCCUUCCACUCCUUCACCAGCAGAUCUUCCGACUCUCCUUCCCAGUGCACUAUGGGUAUUGUAGGCAGUGGAGUGGCCAAUGAUCAAGAAUUUGCUAUGAAGAGUGUUGGAACUAGAACCCAGAACAGUCUCAAGCAAAACGACAGCUCCAGGAACGGCUACUCCAACCGAUACUCGGGGGAGGAAAAGUGUUACAAGACAGAGAAAAACUCAAUGUACAUCAAUGUAGAACAGCGCAAGAGUGAGAAGAAUAAUGAGCUUUUGGUUCGACCAUCUGCCUUCAAACCAGUGGUUCCUAAGAAUUUCCAUUCCAUGCAAAACCUUUGCCCACCUUUGAAUAACAGCAUCACUGAGAAUCGAAAAAGUUCUGGUCAUGGAAACAGCAACAGUCCAGCAGUCCUGAAGAGCAGUUUAGAGAAGGCCAGUCACAACAGGUCUUCAAAUCAGGUGGGAGGUCUGUCAGACUCUGGUCGCAAUUCACUGACCAGUUUACCCACGUAUGGGACUGGUUACAGUCAGCACGUUGGCCCAAUGAGUGCGUCGACAAGCCAUAUAAACCGCAUUGGGACCACCUAUUUAGAGAAGAAUAUAGUAGGAUAUAAUGGAAUAUCUACCUCAGAUAGUGGACGAUCUUCCAGUAAGAGCGCCUCUUCUUUCAGCCGGCUCAACCAUCUCAAUGAGUCCUUGCCUUUCCACUCCCCCUCCAGUGAUGACAUAAUACAAGACUUGGAGGACCGUCUGUGGGAAAAGGAGCAAGAGGUGAUACAUAUGAAAAGGAACUUAGACAAAAGUGAGGCUGCCAUUUUUCAAGUCUUCGAGGAGAAGCAAAAGAUCUGGGAGAGGGAAAUGGAGGACCUGAGACAAAACUAUGCCAACAAACUUCAACAAGUGUCUAAGAAAGCACAGAGGGCCCAGCAGGCGUUGCAACUGCAAAUCUUCAAGCUCCAGCAGGAGAAGAAGAAGCUUCAGGAUGAUGUUGCACAGCUACUUCAAGAACGGGAGGAACUGGAGAAAAAGUGUAUGGCCUUUAAGAAAGAGCAGUCAGAGUUUCUUCCAACGAUUGAGGAAACCAAGUGGGAGGUUUGUCAAAAAGCUGGUGAGAUAUCACUGCUAAAGCAACAGUUGAAAGAUUCCCAGUCUGAUGUAUCUCAGAAACUUAAUGAGAUAGUAGGUCUAAGAACACAAAUAAAAGAAGCCAAGGUAUUUCUGAGAGAUAAGGAGGAGCAGAUUGUCUCCAUUAAGGACUCAUAUAGCUCAAAAAGCGUCAGUCUGGAGAUCUGUGAGAACGAGAUGCAGAGGAAGCAAAGUGAGGCUCAACAAAUGAAAGAGAAGCUUAGCCAAUGCGAGCAAGAGAUUUCGGACCUAAAGGAGACCCUAUCAAACGUAGGUAAUAACCCAUACGCCCUAGAACUCAAUGAAAAAAUGAGAGACACUCUUUGCGAGAGUGAUGAGGCCAAGAUGAAACGACAGAGCGAGGACACAGUAGUGACCCUAAAGAAAGACAUAGAAAAACUCCAGUUAGAAUUAGCCCUAGAGAAACAACAAAGGGAUCAGCUGGUUUUGGACUUUGAGGAGGAAAGACGUACUUGGCAAGAAGAGAAGGAGAAGGUGAUAAAAUACCAGAAACAGCUACAGCUCAAUUACGUUGAGAUGUAUCAGAAAAACCAACAACUGGAGCAAAGGAUCAGUGAGGUAAAUACAAAGGUCACAACACCUCCAGCCGAGGACAAGAAACCUUGGACACCAUCCAGGUUGGAGAGAAUAGAGUCCACCGAAAUAUGAGGACGAAUGACCAAGUGUACACAGCUAGUUUUUCACUGUGCAUGUGCUACCUAACCAGCUCAUGGUCAUCAGGAGAAGACCUUACUGAGUUCUGAAGGGACCAUAGACUCUAGAACCUGGUAGGCCCUUCAGUACAGAGAAGGUGUCUAAUCAGAAAAGUGCUUGCUGUAAUUUAAGUGCAGAUGAAACAUUUAUGGUAUACAGUAUGUUAUGCCGCCAAUGAUGCUAUAUGUCUG